GUAGCUUCCCGUCCGCUCGGCGGCUCCCCUCCCCCGCCCGGUCUCCGCGCCCCCCCUGGGCGCCGGGGCGGCGGGGCGGUCGGCGUGCGGCCCUCCGUGCGUCCGCGCCUGCGCCCGAGCGCGCCCCGCGACACCGCGGCCGGCGGGGGCCGGGGUGCCCGCCAUGACCCCCCGGAUCCGGGCGUGAGGGCGCCGAGAUGCGCUGACUGCCAGCCCCUGCCACCGCCCCGCCAGUAGCCGCCCGGCUGCCCCCGGGGCACGCCCUCGCCACUGCCACCACGAUGUCGACCUCCUCGCUGCGGCGCCAGAUGAAGAACAUCGUCCACAACUACUCGGAGGCUGAGAUCAAGGUCCGAGAGGCCACGAGCAACGACCCCUGGGGCCCGUCCAGCUCCCUCAUGUCAGAGAUCGCCGACCUCACCUACAACGUCGUCGCCUUCUCCGAGAUCAUGAGCAUGAUCUGGAAGCGGCUCAACGACCACGGCAAGAACUGGCGGCACGUCUACAAGGCCAUGACGCUGAUGGAGUACCUGAUCAAGACCGGCUCGGAGCGCGUGUCGCAGCAGUGCAAGGAGAACAUGUACGCCGUGCAGACGCUCAAGGACUUCCAGUACGUGGACCGCGACGGCAAGGACCAGGGCGUGAACGUGCGCGAGAAGGCCAAGCAGCUGGUGGCCCUGCUGCGGGACGAGGACCGGCUGCGGGAGGAGCGUGCCCACGCCCUCAAGACCAAGGAGAAGCUGGCGCAGACCGCCACGGCGUCCUCGGCGGCGGUGGGCACCGGGCCCCCGCCCGAGGCGGAGCAGGCCUGGCCGCAGAGCAGCGGGGAGGAGGAGCUGCAGCUGCAGCUGGCCCUGGCCAUGAGCAAGGAGGAGGCCGACCAGCCCCCGCCCUGUGGCCCCGAGGACGACGUCCAGCUCCAGCUGGCCCUUAGUUUGAGCCGAGAGGAGCACGAUAAGGAGGAGCGGAUCCGCCGCGGGGACGACCUGAGGCUGCAGAUGGCCAUCGAGGAGAGCAAGAGGGAGACGGGCGGCCAGGAGGAGUCCUCCCUCAUGGACCUGGCCGACGUCUUCACAGCCCCGGCUCCUGCGCCAGCCGCCGACCCCUGGGGAGUCCCCGCGCCCACGGCUGCACCGGCCUCAGAUCCCUGGGGGGGACCCCCUGUCCCCCCAACCACGGAUCCUUGGGGUGGCCCCGCCCCCACACCGGCCUCUGGGGACCCCUGGAGGCCUGCUGCUCCUGCGGGGCCCCCGGUGGACCCUUGGGGCGGGGCCCAGGCCCCGGCAGCCGGAGAGGGACCCACGUCCGACCCGUGGGGGAGCUCGGAAGGUGGGGCCCCUGCUGGCGGACCCCCAGCCUCUGACCCCUGGGCCCCGGCCCCGGCCUUCUCGGACCCGUGGGGUGGGUCACCUGCCAAGCCCAGCACCAAUGGCACUGCAGCUGUCGGGGGGUUUGACGCGGAACCUGACGAGUUCUCAGACUUUGACCGCCUGCGGACGGCCCUGCCGACAUCGGGGAGCAGCACAGGGGAGCUGGAGCUGCUGGCCGGGGAGGUGCCUGCCCGCAGCCCCGGGGCGUUUGACAUGAGCGGGGUCGGGGGCUCGCUGGCCGAGGCUGUGGGGAGCCCCCCGCCAGCUGCUGCGCCAGCCCCUGCUGCCCCCACGCGGAAGACUCCGGAGUCCUUCCUGGGCCCCAACGCAGCCCUGGUGGACCUGGACUCGCUGGUGAGCCGGCCGGGCCCGACACCACCAGGAGCCAAGGCCUCGAACCCCUUCCUGCCCAGUGGAGCCCCGGCCACCGGCCCCUCCGUCACCAACCCCUUCCAGCCUGCGCCCCCCGCGACGCUCACCCUGAACCAGCUCCGGCUCAGCCCUGUGCCCCCCGUCCCCGGGGCACCACCGACGUACAUCUCUCCGCUCGGCGGGGGCCCCGCGCUGCCGCCCAUGAUGCCCCCGGGGCCGCCGGCCCCCAACACUAAUCCCUUCCUCCUAUAAUCCCGGGCGCGAGGGGGCCCGCCGCGGCCGCCCCGCUCCCCGCCCCGGAGAUCGUGUUGUGAGUGCAUGUGACGGGCCGCGCGGCGCCCCCGGGGCCACGCACACUACACCCUCCUCCCGCGGCCCGCCGCCUCCCGCGCGGCUGGACAUGGGGCUGGGGCGCCGGCCGGGGGGACCCCUUUCCUGUGGCAUUAGAAAGGGGAGGGAAAGCCGGGGGUUCCCCACCGCACCCCUCCCUCCAGCUCCUCGCCGGCCCCUCAAUCAGUGUUUGACCUCGUGCUCUUCAUGCCCCGUGGUGACCCUUGGUGAUGAUUUUGGCGAUUCGGGAAUAAAUGGCAAUUCUCACGGCCCGUGA